AAAGUCUUCUGUGACAUGACUACGGAAGGAGGAGGAUGGCUUCUCGUCGUAAACUUUGUAACUGAUGGCUCUACUUCAUUCACCAGAUGGACUUUAAAUUCAUCAUACCGAGCGAUCAGAAACUUCACCAGCAACAAAAUGGGUAUUGGAACAAAGGCAAUGCAAGAUCUCAGAUCACACUUGAAUUUCACUCAGCUUAGAUUCCACUGCAGUAAGAAACAGGGACGUACGUUCCACGUGGCCACUGUGGCUAACAGCUCUGGCGAAGCUGUAGUUCAGUACUUCAGCGGUCAGAGAAAUGUAGUGCCUACUUCAUGCGGGUCCUUUCAAAAAAUGCACGGGGAUAACUCAAAGCUGGCAGCACAGUGUGAAAGUUGGGGAUACGAAAACAGGUACCAUGUGGGAAAAUGGAGUAAGGAAAACCAGAAAAGAGAGCGACGGUUGUACGAUAGGGCUGCAUUUGUUGGGUAUAAGUACUACUGGUAUUUGAGAGAAGACUACUGGUUCUGUGAUGACAUGACUAAUGAUACCAUCUCGUCGCCAGGAGACUUUUGGAAAAUCUACGUGCGUUAGAUGAUUACAAC